GGGAGGUAGAGGUAGACGUGAGUGUGUGUUUUGGUUGAGCAUAUUAUGUGUGAGGGUGUGCGCAUAUGAGAGAAAGAUGGCAGAACGGCACUUUUUUAUCAAGCGGGUUUUUUUUCUCUUCACUUCUGAAAACCUUACUGUUUGCCCGGACUGUAUGAUCAGUCAUUAGAUGAAUAAAGCUGGGAGAAGAAUUUUAGCCUGUGCCUGUGAGCUUGUUGAUGCCGGUAUAAAUAGAUCCAUUUUAUAACACUAUCAGCAUUGCCAUGGUUUAAUUGCAGACCGACUGAGAAGCCAGAGGAUCUUCCGUAGAGAUUGAUAGAUGUGUCAGCAUAAUGUUUAAAUUAGAAGGAUUUCAACUGAUUUAUGAAAGGAUGAACGUUAAGAUGUUGGUGUCUUUUCUACGUCUUAUCUUAUUAAUACAUCUCUCCUCUUGCCAAGAGCAAUCACUGUGUCCUUACAUCGGCCAAAUAACCAGGUCUCAGUUACCUGCGGCCGAGGUGUCACAUUUUUAUGACGAUCUUCAUGAUUCUUCCCCUCCAUCUGGAGACGAUCCGCAUUUCAUCACAACUGAAACGCAAUCAGAGAUAAGAGCCAUUGAAGGAAAUGAAGUCUCUCUUCACUGUGAGAUUGCUAAUUUAGGGAUCAACAACAAGAGAUUAUGGUACAAGUACGAUUCAGGGCAAAGCAAAGAAAAUGCAUUGCGAGAACCAAUUAUUAGCAUAGGCAAUGACACAGAACAUGUCAUCGCUAUGGAAAAUAACUCUUGGGGAAAAUAUUACUUGAACAUGACAAAGACAUCUUAUAGUCUGUGGUUUCCUCGUGUACAUCGAUCUAAUGCUUGUCGAUAUAGCUGUGCUUUCAAAACAUCAGAGGGAGAAGAAGAAUUGGUUUUCACGCUUGAUGUAUCAUAUCGGCCUGAAAUCAAGGAUAUCCUACCAAACAACUUUCCAUUCCGUCAUCCCAACCACCCUCGUAAAAUAUUUGUGAACGAGACGGAGAAUAUAACAUUGUACUGUAAUUCAUCAGGUUCCCCUUCACCUUAUAUCACAUGGCGUAAAGAUGAUGCACCAGAAUUAGGAAUUUGUGUUAAUAAGAGUUUACAACUUCUUGAUGUUUCGCCUAAUCAGAGUGGAGCUUAUACAUGCACCAGUGAAAAUUCUCUUGGUGAUGUUAGUGAGACUAUCAUACUGAUAGUACAAUAUCGCCCUCGAGUUCUUGCAAAGUCAACUGAUCUGCGCGGAGCUAAAGGAAGAUAUCUUCAACUACAAUGCAGCGCUGACGCCAUUCCCAGGGCCCGCUUUCACUGGCAAAAAGAUGGGAAGAUGAUAGAUUAUCCAGAUUCUGAUUCUUAUGUCAUCAUAUCUUUGAACCCGGAGACUAAUUAUGGUACCUACACUUGUGUUGCCACAAAUUUUCUUGGAUCUGCUCGAGCGCACAUUAAUGUCACAGGUCUACCGAUGAAACCUGAGGUCGUGAGUGGUAUUAAUGGAAGAAUGAAGAACGUCUAUCUACUCAGAUGGAGAACUAGUAAAGUACCACAAGAUGCAAUUACAGAACAAUUGACAGUAGAUUACUUCUUAAUCAGUUGCAUGAAAGUAGUAAAAGAGAAAGUUGAUGGAGGCUCUCCAAGGAUAAGAUAUUAUCCUCCGGAUUCGAUGAGACACACCUAUUAUACUAAAAAGCAUGAGGAAUACCAUUCAUAUCCAUUACGUCAUCUAUCUUCAAACAGCACUUAUAAAGUUACCCUAUGCCCUUUUAACCAGUACGGAAAGGGAGAAUGUACUGUAUUUAAUUUUACUACAUCAUUCGAGGAUUAUGUGACUGAACCUUCUCCAACCAUGUCAAAAGUACGGAGAGAUCAUGAUGCAUUUGCGACAAUCCCGACACCCUUGGGAGUGGUUAGAAAUGAUGCUAUCAUACCAUUAUCACCAUCUUCUGUUUUUAUUACCAUCAUUAUCUUGCUUCUUCAGUGUUGUAUUCAAUACAGAUAAAUGUAUAAAAUGAUAAAAUGAUUUCAAUAAAAUAAGCAUAUAU